AUGAGCCGCAGGGCUUCAAUCGUCGAUCUCACCUCAGCGUCGUUGCCCCGUCCCCAUCCUCCCUUCUCCUCAACCACAUCCAUCCAUCCCAUAUCGGUAUCCCCAGAGCGUCAGACAAGUCCUAUUUGGGGGGAAUCAACACGGCCACGGAGAUUGAAAAGACGCCGUGAGAACGAUGAUCCCCAGUCACCAGGGCCAUCAUCUCGGCGGCGAAGAGAAGAGCCCAUCGAUGCGAUUGAUUUGACCGAGGUUGACAGCUCGUCGGAGCUUGCGAAGUCAUUAUCUAAACAAAGGGAAGAUGCCGUCAAGUCUCAACAAACUGGCAGUCAUGACGAGGAGACGAAGGCCCGCUCUUUAUUGGGCGCUUAUAAGUGUCCGAUAUGCAUGGACACACCAGAAGAUGCAACAAGCACUGCAUGCGGCCAUCUUUUCUGUCACCGUUGUAUCCUCGAGUGUUUGGCGACCGCGGAUGCCAGAAACCAAGAUUCGUCAAAAAAUAAAGGAACAUGCCCCGUCUGUCGAAAAUCAAUCACAAGGAAUGAAAAGACGGGGCCUCGCAGAAGUCUCAUUCCUUUGAUGCUGAAGUUAACGACCAAGAAACGGAGCAUAGUACCGCUGGCCCAAACCUGA